UUAGGAAAGUUUAUUUACAUAAAAAAAGUAAUUUUUUGUCAAUAUUUCUAUUAUUAUUUAUAAUCCAAAUAAAAGUUUGAAUUCUAAGUUAAGAAUCGUAAUUUAAGAAAACUUUUUUUUUCGUCUGUCAUUAGAUCUCAUGAGAUUAUCUUACAUUUUCCACUUGAGAAGUUUACAUGCGCAAUUUCAAGCAUAAAGAUGAAGCCUUAAAGGUUUGUGACGAUGACUAAUGAAGAGAACUUGCCAAGCAUAAUGAGCAAAUUAUGACUUCAUCACACGUCGUUUUGCCAAUGAACCCGUUGACGGAAAACAGGAAGUGACGCUUAAGGAAUGUUUCAACAAACAUCGACAUGGUUUGAAGCGGUUCCCAUCAAAGCUGAACUGACAAUGAUGAAAGAUAUUUGAGUGACAUCAAAUGGAACGAUAAUGUGUUUAGAUGUUCCUCAAACCAGCAAUUUAACCAACACGCUUUAUUGUCCACGCAGUU